AGCUACAUUUUUGGGAUGCUUCUCUUUCUUUACACACUCCUGCUCUUCCAUCAACUUCAUACCAAGGCAGGAAACACUGUUUGCCGAAUAAUGGGAGAUCCUCAGUAUCCACUGCUUUCCAAGAAUGGAGACACAAUCAUUGGAGGACUUUUUCCUGUCCACAGUAUAGAAAUAUUACCUUCAUUUGAGUUUACGCAAAAACCUCAGCUACUAUCAUGCUCCAGUGUGUAUCUGAGAGAUUUUCGACUGGCACAAAUCAUGAUAUUUGCCAUUGAGGAGAUUAACAGAAGUGAAAGUUUGCUCCCAAAUGUUUCUAUUGGUUAUCGAAUAUAUGAUACCUGUGGUUCAAGACUGUCUAUCAUGAGUGCAACUAUGGGACUGAUGAAUGGUCAGGAGUUUGUACCAGGACACAGAUGCAAUGGACAGUCUCCUUUACAUGCUAUUAUAGGCGAAUCAGAGUCUUCUCCAACAGUGAUUCUGUCUAGAACUACAGGACCUUUUAAGAUUCCAGUGAUAAGUCACUCUGCUUCGUGUGAAUGCCUCAGUAACAGGAAAUAUUACCCUUCAUUCUUCAGGACUAUGGCUAGUGAUUACUACCAGAGCAGAGCACUUGCAUACAUAGUCAAGAACCUAGGCUGGUACUGGUUGGGAGCUGUGAACAGUGACAAUGAAUAUGGAAACUAUGGAAUGGCCAUGUUUCUGAAAAUAGCCCAGGAGGAGGGGAUUUGUGUGGAGUACUCUGAAAAAUUCUACCGAACAGAGCCAGAAAAACUUAAGAAAGUGGUAGACACGAUCAAAAAAAGCACUGCAAAAGUUAUUGUUGCAUUUGUUUCACUUCCGGAAAUGGGCUUGCUUGUUGAUCAGUUAAGUAUUCAGAACAUUACAGGCCUCCAAAUGAUUGGUGUGAAGUCAUGGAUAACUGUAAAGAGUUUGAUCACUCCAAACAGUGUCCAUGUGCUUGGAGGGUCACUGGGGUUGGCAGUGAGAAAAAUCGACAUUGCCGGGUUUGCAGAUUAUGUCAUUAAAGAAUUUUGGAAUACAGCCUUUCCAUGUCCACAGACUAAGGGGAAUUAUUCUCAAUAUGCCUUAAGUUGCAGUAAAUAUGAAGAUCUACUAUUGCUAAAAAAUUACAAUGAAGAUGUGCCUGAACAAAGAUAUGCAAGCUACGUCUACAAAGCAGUUUAUGCUGUGGCUCAUUCACUACACAGUCUACUUAAGUGCAAAGAACAGGAAGGUUGUGAAAAAGGCCUCACAAUCCAACCACAACAACUUGUUGAGGCUCUGAAAAUGGUGAAUUUCACUAUAAAGACGGGAGAUCAUGUGUGGUUUGACAGCACUGGUGGCGCAGUAGCCCAAUAUGAAGUUGUCAAUUGGCAGCAGGACUCAGGUGGAUCAAUAAAGUUUAAAUCAGUGGGAUACUAUGAUGCCUCACUGCCCCCUGACCAGCGCUUUGUGCUUAACACUGAAAACAUAAUAUGGGCUGGAGGACAGAUAGAGAAGCCAAGGUCUGUGUGCAGUGAGAGUUGUCCUCCAGGCACUAGAAAGGCUGCACAGAAUGGUAGACCUGUCUGCUGUUAUGACUGCAUUCCAUGUGCAGAAGGAGAAAUCAGCAAUGAGACAGAUUCAAAUAACUGCAAGCGGUGUCCAAUUGAAUACUGGUCUAAUGCUGAGAAAAAUGAAUGUGUGUCAAAAACUGUAGAGUUUCUGUCAUUCACAGAAGUUAUGGGUAUAUUGCUAGUCUUUUUUUCAAUGUUAGGAGUAGGAUUAACUGCGAUGGUGGCCAUCCUGUUUUACAGCAAGAAGGACACCCCCAUAGUAAAGGCCAACAACUCAGAGCUGAGCUUCCUGCUACUCUUCUCAUUGACUCUGUGUUUCCUCUGUUCACUUACUUUCAUUGGUCGGCCCACUGAGUGGUCCUGUAUGUUGCGUCACACAGCGUUUGGGAUCACCUUUGUCCUCUGUAUCUCCUGUGUUUUAGGGAAAACAAUAGUGGUGUUAAUGGCCUUCAAGGCUACACUUCCAGGAAGUAAUGUCAUGAAAUGGUUUGGGCCAUCACAACAGCGACUCAGUGUUCUUGCCUUUACACUUAUACAGGUUCUUAUCUGUGUUCUUUGGUUAACAAUAUCCCCUCCAUUUCCUCACAAAAAUAUGAAAUAUCAUAAGGAAAAUAUCAUUCUUGAGUGCAGCCUGGGUUCUACUGUAGGAUUCUGGGCUGUGCUGGGUUAUAUUGGUCUACUGGCUGUUUUGUGCUGCAUUCUAGCUUUUCUGGCUCGCACACUGCCUGAUAACUUCAAUGAAGCCAAAUUCAUCACAUUCAGUAUGCUCAUUUUCUGCACUGUAUGGAUUACAUUUAUUCCAGCUUAUAUCAGUUCUCCUGGAAAAUUCACUGUGGCUGUGGAGAUAUUUGCCAUUUUAGCCUCAAGCUUCGGUUUACUAUUCUGCAUAUUUGCACCUAAAUGUUAUGUCAUCCUGUUUAAUCCUGAACAAAAUACAAAGCAAAAUAUGAUUGCAAAAACAACAUCUAAGUCCUGCUGA